AAUUUUCUUAUUUUUCGUUCUGAAUUCUAGGUGUAAGAAUGGCUACAACAAGCAUAUGGUUACCUUGAAAGAAACAUGCACGUGUACAGAGGAAGACUAUGAAUGUGAUUUCGGAUUCUAUCGUCCAACGGGGUCUACAACCUGUAGGCGCCAGCCGGACAUCAAAGCGGAGGAGCUGGACAUCUGUGAAAACGGAAAAUUGAUCAAGCUGGAAACUGUCGGCUACCGCCUGGUUCCAGGCACUAAAUGCAAACCGGGCAAAUUCCAACCCAAGAGCUUGACUAUCACAGAGGAAGGCAUCUGUGGCGAGGGGAGUAAGGCACCGAUCGCUGGGGACAUGGAGCCAGUCGAUGAGGGUAUGGCCACCACCAAGGUCGUGGUGGUGUCCAUCGUGAUGGUCAUGCUGGUGGUCAUGGUGAUUGUCGGAGGUUUCUUUGGCUACAAGCUGGUCUUGCUGCGCAGACACAAAGUGGUGUACAGAUACUCCAUGCUCAACCAGUCGGACAAUCGCGAUGACGAGUUUGAGAACGCUCUCGUCAGCCAUGACACUCUCUACAAGGAGUCUUCCGACGAAGAGGUGGAGCAAGAGAACAGGUCUCCACAGCACCAGCCCAGCAAGUGGCUGCCGGGCGAGGCCAAGCCCAAGCUCAAGUCCUACCACGACGAUUCGGAUGACGAUAUGCUGAACUGAGAUUUGGCAAAGACUGGAGAGUCGUCCUUCGCUGUUCCCAACUCAUCUCAUUUUGAGACCAGCGGGAACAUUGUUUUUGACAUUUCACAAUAUUUUUCACAAAUGUAUUUUUAUUAUUAUUAGACUUUUUUUUUUUAUUCAUUGGAUUUAAUAAUGCGUCCACUACGAAACACUCUGGACUUUUCAUAUUGUCAUAUGACCUAGUUUCCUGCUGUUGAUGUACGUACUGCAGUCAACCUGGUCUGUUUUGGUCGUGAUAUGAUGUGUUCUUAUUAAGCAAAACCCCCAUGUCUCAGCCGUGAGGAAUCAGUCAGUGUACUGGCGUUGACACGAUCCAGUCAGUAGUUUUGGUUGAUCAUUUGCUCUGAAGAAAAAGGAAAAAAAGGAUGCCAAUUUUCUACACAUUCAAGAAAUGCUGAAUAACUUGGAGUUUUCACAUUUUUAUUUUCCUUUUGAUGCAGCUUAUUUUUUAGUUUUUGAGACAGAGUAUCUUCACAUCUUUUAAAAAUUUUUUUUUAAAGAAUGUAGUCCUGUAAAUUCUGGGUAUCUUGUGUGCGAUCUAGAUGACAGCUCCGAAAAUGAUGGAACGUAAAACUGUUCACUUUGAUGUCCCUGGUGACCUGCGUAGCACCUACCUACCUGCCUCCCCAGACAUCGGAAACACUCUAUACAGCGACAAAGCACAGCUGAUUAAAACCUGCAAAUUCUUUGCCAUAUCGACAGACCGAAGGGCUAGAACCCAAAUGGCCGCUGGAUCGGAAAAGUAAAAGUAAAGUAAAGUAUGUCCCUGGUGGGAGUGCGACCGGUUUCUCUGCAGUACAAGCAUCAACUUGUUGUCUGACUCCUGAUGUGUAUUUUGUGAGCACCACCAUCUGGGCAGGUUUCUUUUGGUUUAUUGAUACAGGUUUUUUUUCUUGUCGAGAUGCGAUUUCAUUAAUAUGUCUUUUUUUUCCUUCUAUUUUAAACCUUUUUCAAGGUUACUUGGAAUAUUUGGCGCUCAGUGCCCAAGACGUGGAAAGUGAAUGAAUUGAGGUAUAUGGUUAUGUGCAGGGUUUGUGUGCCUUUGAGUGGAUGUUGUGAAUGAACUGGAUGUAUUAUAUUACUUGCAUUUGUUUGUCAGAAAUGAGAGGAGUGUGUCAUUUGCGGAGCGUAUGUUGCAGAAACAGUGCGGGUGGUGCCUCUAGUAUUCACAGCCGUAUGUGAAUCAUAUGUCUAGACGACCGUACCGUACCGUACCAUGGAUGGUUGUCUAGAAAGCUGCUCGUCACAACCAGGAAUGCCGGAGGUGAAAGAAAUGUUUUUUUUUUUUUUCUGUACGUGGCAAUGCGUAUCUCAUAAAUUGUUGAUUUGAUUGUUUUUGCCUCCACAUUGUACUAUAGAAAUCAGCAGAUGAUGUCAAAAGUUUUCUGUGCUCAGCGGUUUCAAAAGCCGGACUCACGGUGUGCUCUGUUCUGCCGUUCGUGGUUGAUAUUUGUGAGGCAUCGUGGUGAAAUCGGGCGCUCGUCAAAAUAUGGAAAUCAAAGAAAAAGGCAUUUUUUAGCCAGUUUGGCAAUUUUUAUGAAUUUUUUUGGCUCAACUCCUUUUACGUCAACAAAAAAACCCCCCACAUUUCCUUGUGGGUUGUACUAAAGACAUUUAUUGAAGGCAUAAGAUAUGUAAUUUUUCAGUUUCAAGGACUCUCAAGCUUUUGAAGUUACCAAACUUUUUCUCACAAAUGUUAUAACUGGAACCAGGUGACCCUACCCCCUUCAAUUGCAAAUAUCUAGUCUUCUAAUUCAAGGUAGAUGAGUAUUUUUUUCAUUGAAAAGACAAAUGAAUAAACUUUUAGCUGAUACCCAAAACUCCACACGCCCACAAAUUGACGAGCGCCUGAUUCCAAAGCGCCGCGACACGUGUACGUAUAGCUCAAUGGGAGAUGUGGAAAAACGUUCCGACAAAAGGUAAAAGCAAAAACCCCCUUUUCCCCAGCCGUGUUGCUAUUGUCUUCCGCUGGAGGAAACGCAACAUGAGAAAGUGCCGCUGCUGUGAAAGGACUCGAGCAGUUGCCGAGACGUUGGGUGGUCGUGGCGUUUGCUGGCCGUCUGGUUUUGUUGUUACGUUCUGUUGGACAUUCCCGGGUCUUUCACUAUUAAUGAGGAGAUGGAUGUGUCAGAUGCGCCAAAUGACGUGGAGAUAAAUAAAUAAACAGUCUGUGGAAUAAUUUUUUCUUUCUUGUAUAAUUUGUUUGUUCACAGAUGUGUGCAUAAUUGAUCCCUGAAAUUAACCCAUCAAUUUGGAUGUCAAUUCUGCUUAAAUUCUGAUUGUUUCUGGAAUAAUCUCGUAGAAGUUCCGUGGACCCUGAUACUCCUGGCUUUGUGGAUGUGAUAUUAGUGAUUUUACUCCCUUUUCAGAUGCCUUCCAAUGGGUUAAAAAGGAAGAAAUAAAUCCCAUCCGUGUUUCUGCCUUUGGGAAUUUUGUCUUUCAGUUCAGUGGCACUUACAGAGGGUCACAGGUCAUAAUGAAUCACUUUCACAUGAAACGGGUAAUUAACAAAUUCUCAAACACCCCCCCCCCCCACCUUCCAAAUGCACCAUUGCUUCCUGUUCUGCUCUUUUCUUCCCAUUAUGAUGUAGUCUGGGAACUUUUAAAGAUUUAAUUUGAUGUAGUCUGGUCACUUUUAAAGAUUCAGUUUGAUGUAGUCUGGGAACUUUUAAAGAUUUAAUUUGAUGUAGUCUGGUCACUUUUAAAGAUUUAGUUUGAUGUAGUCUGGGAACUUUUAAAGAUUUAGUUUGAUGUAGUCUGGUCACUUUUAAAGAUUUAGUUUGAUAGAGGCGGCUACCUUUUAAAGAUUUAGUUUGAUAGAGGCGGCUACCUUUUAAAGAUUUAGUUUGAUAGAGGCGGCUACCUUUUAAAGAUUUAGUUUGAUAGAGGUGGCUACGUUUUAAAGAUUUAGUUUGAUAGAGGCGGCUACCUUUUAAAGAUUUAGUUUGAUAGAGGCGGCUACGUUUUAAAGAUUUAGUUUGAUAGAGGCGGCUACCUUUUAAAGAUUUAGUUUGAUAGAGGCGGCUACCUUUUAAAGAUUUAGUUUGAUAGAGGCGGCUACGUUUUAAAGAUUUAGUUUGAUAGAGGCGGCUACCUUUUAAAGAUUUAGUUUGAUAGAGGCGGCUACGUUUUAAAGAUUUAGUUUGAUAGAGGCGGCUACCUUUCAUUAACUUGUCUCUGGGGUAACCUAGCUAUGCAAAAGGUCUUCUUGUUAUGCAGGGGGGGGGGGGGGGCGGGUCUGAAUUGUGUUGAUAGGGGUGUAAAUAUACCUACUGAACACUCUAAAGAUGGGUUUUGCUGUGGACAAGGGCUUCCCCUUCAAAGCAUUGUUAAUUUGUUCAUUCAGAGACAAGGGAGUGGGUGGUUGGCCGGGUGCUCUGGUGGGGUUUGGUCCUUCUUUCCUAUCUAACAACUAUCAUUUCUGUCUCUCCUCCUUCUUUUUUAUGUUUUUUACUCUUUUGUAACACCUCCAAUCUUCUACACUUAUAUGACCUUAUAUUGCAAGUGUCGUAAAACUCUUACUAAAACGAAAAACUAAGAGACAAGGGAAGACUAUCUGAACAGUGAAUCCUCUAUUUUUUUUUUUCUUUGAGUUUCUGGUCUAGACUAAGGUUUUCUCACUAAAAGGCAAGAAGACCAGAUCAUCAAUAAUUUAUUUAUAGAGGCACCAGCCAUCCAUGUCCAGGUGCUGUUUUAGCCAAUGCAUGAAGAGUGGUGUAGAUGGAGGUAGAGUCUAUUUGCUCAAUCUGUCGGCUUUUUUGAAACAUUUUUUUCUUGUGGGUGCUUUAAGCUGUUACAGAAGCUCUGGUGUUAUUGUUGUUAUGAUUAUCAUGACUUCUGCCACAACUACUGAUUCAGUUAUUUUUUCAGCUUUAGAUUGAACUAUGAGCAGAUCUAAGUGUAGACAAGUCUAUUGCUUAUUGUUUUUGGAACGCAUGCAUAUGUAGACAUGCUGUGGCGACUGUAACUUCAGAGCAUAUCGUUUGAUAACUUUAAUUUGGCAAAAAGAAAUACAAAAAUGGGAGGGGUGGAGGGGGGGGGGGGGUUAUGAUGUGACCUGAACAAAUUUAUUUGUCCAAAAACUAUUUCCUCUUUGCCCUGGGAUUGUUCCGGGAGUGUUCAUGUCCAGAGACUGUUUGCCUAGUGUGUCUGACGCCUGACCAGCGUCCCACAGGCCUCUGGGAAUAGGCCUACGUCUGGCCGGCACUGUGUACGGCGGCUGUCAUGAAUACGUAUCGUGAUAUUUUUGUAUUUCAUAUUUUUCGUAAUUUCGAGUACAUACUGAUGCACUGAUUAUUUAUUGCAGCUGUCCUGUGUGGAGCAAUAGCAAUGUGUAGGAGUAUUUUAUUGAUUACAUGUUAUUUGGUAGUUUUUUUUAAAGGUGUUUUUGGGUUUUUUUUGUGUUUUUUUUUUUUGCUUGCUGGCUCAGUAAUAUUCUUGGGCUCAAAUGUGAUCAUAUUACCAAGUCAUUCUGUCAUAGGCAAGAAAGUGUUUGUUUGUUACGUUUAACUCAGAAUUUUGAAUCUUGAUUUAAAAAAAAAAAAAA